AUGCUGGGUAAGCGAUUUAAUCUGGAGGAAUUUCAUGAAGCAUGGGUGCUGUUGUGGACAGUGGAAGCUUCUCCAAAAGUCCGACUAUUUCUUUGGCGCAUUUGUACGGGGACCCUUCCAACUCGUGCACUACUGAAGUAUCGCCAUAUGAUAGAUACCAAUUCUUGUCCAUGGUGUGGAGAGGAGGAGACGGCUUCCCAUGCGUUAUUUCUAUGCUCGCGGGUGAAGGAAUUAUGGGAGGAGGUAAGUGUUCCACAAGCACUGGAGAAUGUGGCGCUUAAACCGAUCAUGGAGGUGGUAGCGAGCUGGGCAAAGAUCGAAAAGAAACUACAGCGGAAAGUAGUUAAUUUAGCAUGGUGCAUCUGGACGGAAAGGAACGAGAAAGUGUUUAACAACACUACCACAGCUAACAGCAUUAUCUUGGGCCGAGUGCACCGUCUAGUGCAAGAGCAUGAGCAGUAUGCGACGAAAAUAUAUGGAGGUAUCCGAGGUGGUGUGCAGGAGAGUGCAAAGUCGUGGAAAGCGCCUGCAAGGGGGGUGAUAAAGGUAAAUUGUGAUGCGUCGUUGGCGUGUGAAGGCUGGGUGGGUUUGGGAGUCGUCGCAAGGGAUUCAGAUGGGCAAGUCUUGUUUGCGGCAGUCCGAAGAGUACGGGCACACUGGCCGGUGGAAAUCGCAGAAGGAAAGGCACUUCUAAUGGCCAUCCGUAUGGCAAAAAGGUUUGGUUAUGACCAUGUGGUGUUUGAAUCAGAUAGUCAAAUCCUCAUUUCGCGCCUCUCGAAAGCCAUGGUCUAUUUCUCGGAUUUGGAUACCGUUUUAGAGGAUAUUCUCUUGUCUAGCAGUUAUUUUUCUUCUUUGAGUUGGUCUCAUGUGAAAAGGGAUGGCAAUGCUGUAGCCCAUCACCUUGCUAAGAUAGUACCAUUUGGUGUAGAACAGAUAUGGGAAAACCACAGUCCUGUUGAGGUUGAACCCUAUGUUUUUAUGGAUUAUUUAUCCAAAGAUGAAUGA